AGGGCCCAGUUGAUGUGUCCUUGUGAGUCCUUGUGAGCCCAGCUCCAGCUGGGUCACAUUCUCUAUGCUCAUGGAGAGGGAAUAAUAACUCCAAUAUUAUUUCCUAAAUCAUGACUGUAUUGUUUGUCAUUAACUCUACUGUUUGUUAUGAAAAGAAAGCUAGAAUGUUCUUAAGAGUGAUUUAAAAUCCUAAUGAGAAUCAGUCAUGGUUUUUGUUAUCCUUUUUAGGUUUUUAAAAGCUGCUGCUUUAAAAAAAAAAAAAAUUGAAUAGGUGAUAUUAUGUGUUUUUUCCAUCAAGAGACAUUUUCUUUUUUUUUUUAAUUGUUUCUUUGAAAAGUGUCUCCAGGAGGGAUUAAACAUAGUUAAAAACUAGCUCUCAGAUUUUGGUCUUGGAUUUGCCCGUGGCCUCAAAACCUCAGUAUGUUAAAAACACAGAUAUUUGACAGUCUUUAUUUUGUGUCACAUUUUCGCUCUCAGUUUUCUAGAAAUCUUUUUGUGUUAACACCAUGAUUUUGUAAACCUCAGAAUACCUUGCUGAGUUAUUCAGCCUUCUCAGUUCCCUCAUGAGAAUGAGUGUCUUAGAUUUCCACCAUUUUUAGCACUUAAAUUUCUGCCUUCAUUUCUCAGAAACUUUUCUAUAUUCAUUUCCCUUUUAUAAACUUAUGAAAGGAAAUAGGAAAAGUGUAAGUAUUUGCUGGUUUAGUAAGACAUGUUUGCUAGGGGAUGCCUGUUUGUUAUUCUUGCCUUUGAGGGGAUGAUUUGUACGCGUAUCCACCUCCUCCUCAGGCUCUUGGCUCCCACUGCACCGAGGCAUGGUGCAUUUGAUGAAGUGCGUUACUUCCAUACUAGGGUACUAAGCUGCUGCUAAUCUGAAUUACUUGGAAACUAAUUAAUUCACCUCUUUUCCUUAUACUCUUCCUUUCUCCUGUUUCCCUCCAUUCAGCUUAAAUGAUCUUUUUUAUAUUAAACCCAAACCAAACCCAUUGCCAUUGAGUCAAUUCCAGGUCAUGGUGACCCUGUGUGUGUAGAGUAGAACCGCACUCCAUAGGGUUUUCAAGGCUGUGACCUUUUGGAAGCAGAUGGCCAGGGCGCCUUUCUUCCAAGGUGCCUCUGGGUGGGUUCGAACCACCAACCUUGUGGUUAACCAUUUGCACCACCCAGGAAAUUGAAUCUCAGGGCUAAAAAGCAUUUUAGGCGUUGGCCAGUCAGUCAUUCCUCUGAUGUUUGAAUGAGUCUGUCCCUAGCAUACCCCAAAAGUGAUCUUCCAUCCUAAACCUAUGCCUGAACAUCAUCAGCAGCAGAGAAAACAUUUUUCACUGAUGCUAAUGAGCCUCUUCUAUUGACUUUUACACAUGACUUAGGGCACAGAAGUCAUUCUCUUUGGUGGAACCCAUAAUUAUUACAUUAAUUUACUUUGGCUAAUUAAAAACAUCUUUAUCUAAGAACAUAUGGAGAGAGUUGUUUUUUUUCCAAGUGGGCUGUGGUUUGUAUAAGGUAGAAAAGGAAAUGGGAUAAUUUGAGUAGUAUUUAUUUAGGAAUAGGAAAAUAAGAUGCUAUGUUGUAUUUACUGUUGUUUCUUUUAGGCAGUGGGUGGUUUCAGGGCCUCCCCAGAAGUAGAUUGGCAGCCUGCCCUUCCUCCCUUUAAUUUGUGCUCUGCUCGUUGUACAGAACAGGGUAAGCUGGCAGUGCCAUACUUCCUAUUCUUCCCUGAGAUGUCAGGAUGAUCAGUUAGAUAUUUAUUUUGUACGUUAAGCUCUUUGGAUAUACGCUGCAUUGAUGUAUAAAAUAGACCCCUGUAAAGCCUAUAAUGCAGAAUAGCCAAAGCAUUCUAGCCUGUGUAAUUUUUAUUUUGACUGUUUCACAGAUUAUUCUGUUUUAAUGAGAAAAUAGUUGAGGUCUGAAUUUCAUUGUGAUGUGAGGUUCUCUUAAUUUGUGAUGAUGCUCACAGACCAUUGGGAAUAAGUUUUUAAAAUGUUCACAUAACCCUCUUAGCCAGUGUAAACACUGAUAACCUUUAGAGAUCUGUGAUUCUGCCUUCAAAUACGUAUUUACCAUCCUCGAUGUUUGGUUAGGUUAUCUGGGGAAAAAGAGUUUAAAAUUGUACUUCCUUAAGAGCUUUUGUUAACAGUUGUACAAAUAAGUGUUUUGUGGAGUUCCUUUUGAUCUUCAAAACCAAACCUAAAAGUAAAGCCAAAAAAAAAGCACGCUCCAAAAAGUCCAACCAGUCAAGUCAACAAAUAACACCAACAAAACCAAAAACAAACAAAAGGGCUUUUUAGGUGAAAACAUGGGUAUCAUAUGCUUCCUGGAUUAAGUAUAGAAUUUAAAGAGGAAUUCUGGCCCUGAAAUGGCUAGGGGAGGAAGAGUUGUCUCCAGGUUCUGCUGUUGGCUCUUUAGGUAGUAAAAUAUAAUUUCAAAAGAAAGGGGUUUAGAUUUUCCCUAACCUUUGUCCUGAAGGCCAAAGCUGUUUGACACGAGGGGGUGGUGAGUGCAGUUUCUGGAGUAAGGCUGAGAUCCUUUUCUUUUCUCUCCUGUAGACUACAUUUGGGCAAUUUUGUGGAACCUGUGGGCGUCAAUUACUCCAUGUUUAUUCCCACCUUGCUGAAUCAGGGCACCACUGCUCAGCAAGAGAAAUGGCUGCUUUCAUCCAAAGGACUCCAGAUAAUUGGCACCUACGCCCAGACGGAAAUGGGCCACGCUUUGUGCACCGUGGGCAGCCUGAGCCUCUGGACCUUCAUUUGGGCAUGUUCCUGCCCACCUUGCUUCACCAGGCAACUGCGGAGCAGCAGAAACGGUUCUUCAUGCCUGCCUGGAACUUGGAGAUCAUUGGCACUUACGCCCAGACAGAGAUGGGUCAUGGGACUCAUCUUCGAGGCUUGGAAACCACAGCCACUUAUGACCCCGAAACCCAAGAGUUCAUUCUCAACAGUCCCACCGUAACCUCAAUUAAAUGGUGGCCUGGUGGACUUGGAAAGACUUCAAAUCAUGCAAUAGUUCUUGCCCAGCUCUUCACUCAGGGCAAAGGCUAUGGAUUACAUGCCUUCAUUGUACCUAUUCGUGAAAUCGGGACCCAUAAUCCUUUGCCAGGUAUUACUGUUGGAGACAUCGGGCCCAAAUUUGGCUAUGAUGAGAUGGAUAAUGGCUAUCUGAAGAUGGACAACUAUCGUAUUCCCAGAGAAAACAUGCUGAUGAAGUACGCCCAGGUGAAGCCCGAUGGCACGUACGUGAAGCCUGUGAGUAACAAGCUGACCUACGGGACCAUGGUGUUUGUCAGGUCCUUCCUCGUGGGCGAGGCCGCACGGUCUCUGUCUAAGGCAUGCACCAUUGCUAUUCGGUACAGCGCUGUGCGGCACCAGUCUGAGAUCAAGCCAGAUGAACCAGAACCGCAGAUUUUGGAUUUUCAGACCCAGCAGUAUAAACUCUUUCCGCUCCUGGCCAACGCCUAUGCCUUCCAGUUUGUAGGCGCAUACAUGAAGGAGACCUAUUAUCGGAUCAAUGAAGACAUUGACCGGGGGGACCUGAGUGAGCUCCCUGAGCUUCAUGCCCUCACCGCCGGGCUUAAGGCUUUUACUUCCUGGACCACUAAUGCUGGUAUCGAAGCGUGCCGGAUGGCUUGUGGAGGGCAUGGCUAUUCUCAUUGCAGUGGCCUUCCCAACAUUUAUGUCACUUUCACCCCAACCUGCACCUUUGAGGGUGAAAACACGGUCAUGAUGCUCCAGACGGCGAGGUUCCUGAUGAAAAGUUAUGACCAGGUGCACUCAGGAAAGUUGGUGUAUGGCAUGGUGUCCUACUUGAAUGACCUGCCCAGUCAGCGUGUCCAGCCACAACAGGUAGCCGUCUGGCCCACUGUGGUGGAUAUCAACAACCCUGACAGCCUAACCGAAGCAUAUAAACUCCGUGCUGCCAGAUUAGUAGAAGUUGCUGCAAAAAACCUUCAAGCUGAAGUGAUUCACAGAAAAAGCAAGGAGGUUGCGUGGAACCUAACUUCCGUUGACCUUGUACGAGCAAGUGAGGCACAUUGCCACUAUGUGGUCGUUAAGCUCUUUUCAGAAAAACUCCACAAAAUUCAGGAUAAAUCCAUCCAAACUGUCUUAAGGAAUUUAUGCCUGUUGUAUUCUUUGUAUGGAAUCAGUCAGAAGGCCGGGGAUUUUCUUCAGGGCAGCAUCAUGACAGAGCCUCAAAUUACCCACGUAAACCAGCGGAUAAAGGAGCUGCUGACUGUAAUCCGCCCUGAUGCUGUUGCUCUGGUUGAUGCGUUUGAUUUUCAGGAUGUGACACUUGGCUCUGUGCUUGGCCGCUAUGAUGGGAAUGUCUAUGAAAACUUGUUUGAGUGGGCCAAGAAAUCCCCGCUGAACAAAACAGAGGUCCAUGAAUCUUACUACAAGCACCUGAAGCCACUGCAGUCCAAGCUCUGAAUCUGGAGUGCCAUGAUGAUGAAUUUGAUCUGCUCCAGGAGGCAUCCUUCAUACUUCAUGCACAGAUCUGGUGUGGGAUCUUCACUGACUUCAAACAACUAUAGAGAAAAUGAUAAAUUGACCCCUUUCCUCUGUUAAUGAAUGAAGGAAAAAAAAAAACAGAUUUACAAAUUU